GCUAAAAACAAUUUUAGAAUGUUUUGUCGAUAUUACUCAAAAUCUAUUCCUAGAUUGAGUGAAACUUUUGCGGUGUCCACUCUUUUAGCGGCAGAAAUGUCACAUUUUGAUGAAAGAAGCGGGAUUGUGUCUGUAGAAACACCAUGGGGGAAAUGGUGGCAGACUAUCAGUGAAAUAUAUAUUGAAGUCAAUGUGAAAGAAGGUACUAGAGGUAAAGAUGUCAAUGUUGAGUUCAAACCAUCAACACUACGCGUUGAUGUUUGUGGAGAGACAGUAAUUAAAGGGGACUUAUUUAGUAUUAUAAAACCAGAUGACAGCAUAUGGACAAUUGAGGAUAAGAAGAUGAUUAGAAUCUGUUUGUGUAAAGGACGCGAAGUAGCUGCUAAUCUAUGGAAAAGUUUAUUAAAGAACCAAUACGAAGCGAACAUUCUAGAACAAGAUAAUAUGCAAAAAAAAUUAACAUUGCAACGAUAUCAAUUAGAAAAUCCAGGUUUUGAUUUUAGUUCUGCAGAUAUAUCUGGAAAUUAUCAAGAAGGUGGACCUCAGUUACCAAGUUAUAACGACUAAACAAAAUUUUGUCCUUUGAUAUGAUAUUAAUUUAUCUAUGUAUCUUGGAAGAAGCUCUCUUAUAAAUCAAUUAGUAUACACUUUAUAAAUUCUUUUUAAUAUAAAGCGUAUAGUUAUUAAUUAACCUAAACAGUAAAUAUUUUGAUGUUUUUCAAUUAUUUUAUCACUCUGAAAGGUAAAAGUUUGAUACUAAUAUUUCUUUUACUUAAGAACUUUAUGAAAUUGUUUUGGCAGGUGAAUCUGGAAAAUAAAUGAUCGCCUUGUCAAAUUAAAGUUUAUAUAUGUCAUCCAUUAAUUACAAAUUCAAAUGAAUAAUAUUCAAAGAAGAAAUAGCUUAAACAGAUAAUUUUUUUCAUUUAUAUCAUAAAUAUAAGUACAAAACGAAUAAUAGACGCUGUUCUCAUUUUAAGAAAGAACUACAGUGCUUAUACCUAUAUUUAUACCUAAUCUUUCUUCCUACCUUUUCUUGCUAUUUCCUUUUUUUUUCUUUUUCCAUUUGGGAUUAGCUGUCACUUUUUAUGUGUAAAAUUUUCUUUCUUUCCACUUUUUCUGUGUUUCUUUUUAAUUUGUUAACCUCAGCUUUCAGCACCGUAUAUCUUUUUUCCAAGUUUGGAAUAUUUCAAGACUUUUAUUCAUAGAUUAUUGAUAAAUUCUUGAGUAUAUAAAAUAUAUACAAAAAAAAGAGUGAAACUUUAUACUUAACAAAAAGAGAGACGAGAAAGAGAUAAAUGUGUUAAGUUUUUUUUUUCCUUUACUUUAAAAAAAGAGACAGACUACUUCCUUCAUCUUUUGUUUUUUUUUCCUAUGGGAAUUUAGUUGGUGUAUUUAUUUAAAUACUUUAUUGGUAUAUAUUAUCAAAACAGUUUCUAGUUGAUUUUAAUGAUUUUUGCAGAUAUCUAAUACAAUCUAUUUAGAAAAAAUUGGUUAAAGUUUAAACGAAACCUAAAGGAAUUGAAGGAAAAAAAUAAAAAAUUUAUCUCAAUGGCUGCAUACUCUUUUAGCUUUAAAGAAUUCAUUGAUGUUUAUUGCUCUCUUUUGAAGUUUUAAUACUUAUUUGGACCAUUCUAUUAGAAGUACUACCUUAAUUAAAAGUACUCGUCUUAGUAGAUAUGACCCAACUGCUACUAAUUUCUAUAAAAUGAGCCUUUAAAUUUCUAAGUGAAAAUAGCCCGAAGAUAUGACCCCCGAUGCCCAAGGGAACACCAGAAUGGCACUGAACAUAGUUGAACUCACUUUCAAGUGGUUUUUUUAGAUCGAUUGAAAAACCGUCGACCUGUUUACAAAAAUCUUUUUUUGUAGAUGAAAAGAAAGAGAUUCUUUGUUUUUUAAGUAUUAUAUGGAACUCAGUUUCUUUCAACUUUCACAAAAAACUGAAGAUUUCUUUAAAUUAUUUGAUUUGAUAUACUCUAAAAUAAAGAGGAAAUAUAAAUAUUCGACAGUGUCCUCAUAUAACAAUGUAAGUAUUUGUGAGAAUUUUUGUAAUCCAUUAAGAUUGGUGAGUGUAAUACAAAUAAACAAUG